AGAAAUGGCGAGCACAGUGAUUACAAACACGGAAAUACAGUUCGAGCAUCCUGGUAGUUCCCUGCAGCCGUGUAUGUUUUCCUGUAGUUUGAUCCUUUCUGGUGGAAAACACAGAAAGCGCGUCUAACACACAGGCGACAGGAGCAGCAGGCAUUUGAUCUCCGCUCCAUGGAUUUGACGGAGCUUCUGUCAUGGGCCUGCAUCGUGUUCACGGUCGGGAUGUUCUCGACAGGACUGACCGACCUGAAGAAGAUGCGGGAGUCCAAAAGUGCAGAUAACAUCCAGUUUCUGCCCUUCCUCACCACAUGUCUGAACAACCUAGGCUGGCUGUUUUACGGCACCCUGAAGAGGGAUCACACCAUCGUCGUGGUCAACGUCAUCGGAGCUCUCCUCCAAACCCUCUACAUCGUCGUGUACUUCUUCUACACUAAGCAGAAGCGGCUGGUGAUGCUCCAGACUCUUGCUGCAGCAGCAGUGUUGAUCUGUGGAUGGUUGUAUUUCACCACCUUCCUGACGGAGGGUGAGGCUCGACUCAAUCAGCUCGGUUUAUCCUGCAGCGUGGUCACCAUCAGCAUGUACCUGUCUCCACUCACGGACCUGGUAGCGAUAGUUCGCAGUGGUAACGUGCAGGUCUUGUCCUUCCCUCUGACCGUAGCCACCUUCUUCACUUCAACCUCCUGGGUUCUCUAUGGCCUCCAGCUGAACGACUACUAUAUCAUGGUUCCAAACACACCAGGAAUCUUCACCAGCCUGAUCAGAUUUUAUCUGUUCUGGAAAUUUGCCCCCACUAGUCAGAGCUCACCCUCCUAUAAGCCUUUGCAUAUAUGAGGAGGAAAGUGUGCAAAUUAAAGCGGAAAGACAAUUCAAACUUGCCAAUUUCUGGAAGAAGAGUUCCUCCAUAUGCUCUCAUUCCUGCUGGAGAGAGAGGAACUUGCACAUCAAGUGACACCACUUAUAAAGUGGUGAUAACACAAUAUCUAUGUUUUACAUGGGGGUUAAACUGUUAUUUUUCUGCAGCUAUGUUUAAAAAGUGACCUUUGUCGUCAAGCACGUCAUUUGUGGUUGAGUGUUACUGGCAUUUACCGACCUUUUGUGAUGUCACGAAGAAAUCUGAUGAACUGACUUCAGCACCAUUCCAUUGUAGCCAAAGAUUAUAUAUAUAUAUAUAUAUAUAUAUAUAUA